UUGCUGCUUCUACACGGCUCUUUGAGCUUCUACUUCAAAAAGGCAAACACGAACGAAUCCCUCCUUUAGGCGUGCCUUAUUCCUUUGAGUGCGCCUUCUAUAACAAAACGUUACUCGCUUCACUGCGUGUCGUUUGCUCGUUUGUAAUCUACGUACCCCUUCGUGCUUAGUACACGCCCUGUUCAUCACUUCUUCCUACGCCCUAUACCGGUCGUCCGUGACAUCUUCGCAUUCGACCAUCUUCUAUUACCAUCCGACCAGCUUCGACGCUUCUCUCUCUCAUCUGUCCACUACAACAAUCGCAUACCUACAUAAAGCCAUCAUGGAUGUCAUCAUGGAUCACAAGUCAUUCUCAUCCCCCGCCGCCAAGCGUCGCCAUGUCCAGUCCAAGCGCGGCGUCCUCCGGCGUCGUGGUACCAAUUACCUGGUCAGGUCUACUGCGAAGCGCUUGAUGGAGUCGAAAAGCCACGCCAUCUACCAUCAGUUCUCCUACCAGGGAUACCCCGACUAUUCCUGCCUCUCCGGUGCGUGGGAGGCUCGGCGGAAGGAUGGCGGCUCUUCCGAGGCUCCGCGCCCUCUUCAAGUAGACGUCGAGAGGGACCUUCGCUACCUCUUACACGGUAUUCGUGAGCAGCAGGGCAAGCGUGAGAACCGCGCUCCCACCGUAUCACCUCGGAACGAAGAGCAGGAAGGUCGGGAUCUUGCUCGCAGCGAGAUUCCGCUCCCCAGUGACGUUCCUCGUCUUGUCAGACGGCCCAGCCUGGAACGCGAGGAGGCUUUCCGGGUUGCCAGCACCGCCAAGGGCAAAGUUCACCUCCGCGCUUCCCCCGAAAGUGAAGAUGCGCAGAUCGCGGAGCUUUACCAACAGGGUCUUCUCUACGACGGCGACGAGCAGCGCCCUGAGGAAAUCUUCAACCUCAACAGCAUCCAACACGAGGCCCCGGUGUAUACCAUUCGUCCUGCGAAGCGGGGUCGCAAGUCCAAGAAGGCUAAGCCUGCAGCCCUCGUUCUAUCCUAUUCCGAUGUUGGCGAGUGCAGCACCAAGGCAAACGCUUCAACAGCUCGGCAUUCAGCUGCUGACGACUCAGAGACGAGUGAGGCCUUCCCUCCUCUGAGAAUCGUCUACGGGCAGAACGCGUCAAAUCCAACAUUUGACGUCGAGACAUCUCAACCCCCAGAGCUGAUGCUUGACCUCUCUGAUUACGAUUGCUUUACCGACAGCGAGCUUGACGAUGAUGUGCCGUCCCAGACGGAGAUUGUGGAGAACGCAAACAACCCAACCUCGGAGACUUGGAUCAUGCUGGGUUGAUCGACUCGCAGCAGGUCUGCUUAGGAUCCCCCCGUGCUCCGCCGGGAUUUGGAAACUGGACAGGUGGGAGAGCCUCACCUCAGACUGGUCCAUCACACAAACCUGGCAUGAUUCUUUUUCUCUCGGCGUUUUUGUUCUACUUCGUUUUCGGGUGGGAUUGGGUUUUCGAGGAUCGGGAUAGAUAUUGUAUACUACAGCCUGCAUAGCGAGUGGUGUACCAGCAGAUCCACGACGGCAGUUUGCGUUCCCUGCAUGGGAUGAGCGACGGUGCAUUUUUUCUUCUUGUUCUUCUCGCUUAGAUGAUAAUGAACUUGUUCA